AGGUUCUAAAAUAUAGUAAGCAUUGUAGAGUCUGUGACAAAUGCGUUGAUGGCUUUGAUCAUCAUUGCAGGUGGAUCAAUAACUGCAUAGGAAGAAAAAAUUACAAAAGGUUCUUCAUCCUCAUGGUGUUUGCUCUUCUCUUGCUUAUUCUGCAGUGGGCUGUUGGGAUGCUUGUGCUGAUACUGUGUUUUGUUGAGAGAAGGAGAUUUUCUGCUGAAAUUGUUUCAAAGCUGGGUAGUAGCUUUUCCUUGGCACCCUUUAUCAUUGUGGUGGCUGUGUGCACUUUAUUAGCCAUGGUUGCUACUCUUCCAGUUGCACAACUUUUCUUCUUCCAUAUUCUUUUAAUAAAAAAGGGAAUCAGCACCUAUGAUUACAUUAUUGCUUUGAGGAAGCAAGAUCAGGAGCAGGAGCAACUUGCUGUUGGUGGGCAGCAAAGUCCGCAAAUGUCCCAAGUGAGCUCUUUUACUGGACUAAGCAGCACCAGUUCUUUCAAUCAAUUCCAUCGCGGUGCAUGGUGUACUCCGCCAAGAUUAUUCCUUGAGGAUCAGGUUGAAAUUUCACUUCCAUUAGCUGGCCAUGACUUCUUCAUGUGCAUGGAAGUGUUGGAAGAGCUAGAAAGGAGAAGCAUCAAGUGGAACAAAACAGAGUAUGGCCCAAACCUUAGUGAGAGCCGCGAGGGUGUCUUCGGUGUCAAUAGUUCUUGGUGGGUUGAUUACUCAAAUAGCAAUUAA